AUGAUUGUCAAACCAAUAACCGUUGAUAGAUACGAAGUGUAUAGCAGUGGUAGAUCUGUCGCUAUCGUGAAUCUUGCAACAAAAGAAUGCAGCUGCAAAAAAUUUCAGCUUUCACAAAUAGCAUGCGCACAUGUUGCGGCAAUUGCCAGAUUUCAAAACCUCUCAAAUUGUUAUCCUUGGGUAAAUAAAUAUUACUCAACUGAAUAUUGGAAAGCUGUCUAUCGAGAGGCUGUUGAACCUUUGGGAGAUCCUUCCGAAUGGGUGCAACCUGAAGAUAUCCGUAUUGUUAAUCCACCACAAAUACAACAACGACGUUCUGGUCAUCCUUCAGAACGUAAUAGACGACCGUCACAAGGAGAAGAAAUACGUCAAAUUGAAUGUAGCAGAUGUCAUCAGAAAGGGCACACGCGUUUAGUUUGUAAAAAUCCCUUAACGGAGGCUACAACAUCUUUAUCAGGCCGUAAUGCAAUUGCAAAUUCUGUUUUUGUUAUUGUCAGCCUGGAUUACAAAUUUAACAAAUUAGCAUAA